AUGACAAAGAAAAAUUUAAAUACAAAAAAUUUUCCUUUAUUAAAUGAAAUUGAUGAAGGAAUAUAUUUUAAUAAUAUUGAUUGGAAUAAAAGUGCUUUUCAAACAUUACUUACAUCAAAUUUACCAACAACAACAAUAUUCUAUUAUGCAAUUGAUGUUGGUCUUCGACGAUUAGAAAAUAGUUUAUAUGAAGCUUAUUGGGAUAUAACAGAAGAUGCAUUACAUGAUUUAUCUCAAUUUCUAUUUAAUUCAUCCAUUGAUAAAGAUGUCGAAGGUUAUUUAUAUGAAGCUAAAUGUCAAUUACUAAUGUAUUCAGCAAUUUCAAUAAUUAAAAUGAAUACUAUUAGACGUCGAUCGAUACAUGAUGCUAAAAUGGCAUGUGCAACAAUAUGUUUAUUAUUAUUAGAGCGAAGUAAACCAUAUAAAAUUUCAUCGACUAUUAAUGAAUAUUCAUCUUGUAUGCGUAUAAUGCAUGGUCGAUAUUUAAAACGAAUAUUUAUUAUUGUUCAAUGGUUAUCAACAUUAUCGAAAAUACAAAUAAAUGAUAUGCAAACAAAUUAUGAACGAUAUAUUACAUUUAUUAUUGAUCAAUUAUUUUCAACAGUUUCAAUAACUGAUAAAAUAAAUAAUUUUAUUGAUAUAAAUUUAUUUGGUAAUAAUCUUAAUGAUGAUGAAGUAACAUCAAGUGGUUUUGUAUUUGUUCCACAUUUUCCAAUAUUUAAUGAAGAAAUUAUUGAUAAACAUAAUGAUCUAAUGAAUAUGGGUCUUGUUAGUACAUUAAAUCAAUUUAAAAAUAAUCUUGUACGAAAAUUAAUUUGUUAUAUAUGGACAUUAUGUUGUAUGAUUGAAUCGAAUCGAAUAUCACUUGAAAUUAUAAGUAGUAGUACAAUACGUGAACAUUUUUCAUUAUCACCUAUCGAUUUUGAACAAAAACCAAUUAAAUUUGAAUCAUUAAAUGAACGAGAUGUUAUUGUCUUUCUUCUAUUAUGUGCUCAACAAAAUAUAUAUUUACAUAAUAGUGAUUCAACUUUACAUCCAUAUUUACUUUUUUCCUUAUCUCAUCUAUGUACACAACAACAAAAAAAUUGGUGGCAAACAGCUAUGGAACAAACUUCAUGGAAUGAAUUUAUUGAUCAUCUUGCUACAAUACGUCUCAAUAAUGAACGAAUAUCUCAACAUCCACCAAAACAAGUCAUACUUGAAACUGCUCGAAUUCUUUUAAAAUCGGCUCAAAAUCUUUAUGAGCAACAUGCUAAACGUGCUGGAUCAUCUUAUGAACAAUAUGGAAUACGGUAUCUUCAAAUAGCUAAAACAAAUCAAAAUAAUCAGGGAUUAUCAGAUUCAAUUAAUAAAACAAAUAUUCAGGGAAAUAAACACGAUAAAUUAUUUUUCUUCUAUUCACAAAAAACAAUAAAUGCUAAUCAAAAAUAUAUUGAAGCAUUGAUUGAAGAAUGUGAAAAACUUGUUGAAAAAUGUGAUGAAUUAAAAGUAUUACCCGAACCACAACCACCAAGAACAUCAAGUCCAGCUGAAGAACAACAAAAAGACAUUGAAAUCUCGGCUGUUUUGAGUCCAGUCGCUGUCGAAAAAGAAGAACCAAAACAUUCAGAGGUUAUAGAUUCAACUUUAUUUGCUACACCACCAUCAAUUAAAACUCGUGAUGUUGAUGUACAAACAUAUAUACCAUCACCAUCACGAUCACCGUCUCCACCGAUCGUUACUACAGCAUCAAUUGAAGAAAUAAUUGAACCAUCGGAACCACCAUUACCAUUCUAUGCCGAAAUGAUAUUUUCUCAUAUGAAUGGUGUUAAUCAAUGGAUAAAUCAAUUUUGUCUUGAGCAUGAAAUAAUGCAAAAUGAUAUUAAUAUAAUACGAGAUCGUCUUGAAAAAAUUAAUCGAGUAACUAGUCAGAUGAUGUUUUCAAAUAUGAAAAUAUCACCAUCCGAAACAAAUGAAAAUUCUGGUGGAUUUUAUUCAUCACAUCAAACAUAA